UUGAAUGCGUAUUUGUAAAAAAAUCAAGGAUUUUGUGAAUUUCAUAAGAAAAUCGAGGAAUUUUAACUAAAUUGUGGACAAUUUAAAUUUAAUUUAGAAUUUAUUACGUUGUAGCAAAACGUCAGUGCUUGCUUUCGUUGUCUUCUCAAAAACAAAUGGUGGACUGUGUUGUCAAUAGAACAAUCAGCUGAGUUUUGUUUUCAUCCGUAUUACAAAGAUAUCGCUUUAUCCGUAAAAUAAUUGCUUGCUGAAGUUUAAAUAUUCUCAAAUAUGAACGAAAUCAAGUCAUUGGAGCACCCCACACUAAAGGUUCCAUAUGAAGUGUUUAACAAGCGCUACCGUGCCGCGCAGAAAGUCCUGGACAUCGAAGCCAGGCAGGUGGCCAACUCUGUCACCGAGAUUGAUGGUGGUGUCGCCAAGCAGGCUAAAGCUGGGGAGAUAGACAACCUACUUGGAGGGAUGGUAGAGAAGCUGAUCUCCAUGAAGCGGAAGGCUUCGGAGGCCAUCAGCGAGGAGCUGCAGGUGGCGUACGUGUGCAAGAAGCGGCUCGACCACCUGAAGGAGCAUGCCACGUUGCUGAACGAGCCCACAUCUCCGCAAGUCAGGACCGCAAUGAACCAGUGGCGCAAGGUCCGGCUGGACCGCAUGCUGGUGGACUACUUCCUGCGCAGCGGCUACUACAGCUGCGCCAACAAGCUGGCCGCCGCCGCCGACCUGCGCGACCUCACCAAUGUCGACAUCUACCAAGCAGCCAUGGAAGUAGAAGCGGGGCUGGCGGCGCGUCGCACCGCUCGCUGUCUCCAGUGGUGCGCCGACAACAAGACCAAGCUGCGCAAGAUCAACUCCGACAUGGAGUUUAAUAUACGAGUGCAGGAGUUCGUAGAACUAGUCCGAGCCGAGCGUCGUCUGGACGCCGUGCGCUACGCUCGUCGCCACUUCUCUACCCUGGAGCCCGCGCAGCUGCCGGCUCUACAGCGCUGCAUGGGGCUGCUGGCCUUCCCGCUGGACACAGAAGUGGAGCCAUACCAACGCCUGCUCGACCCCGGUCGCUGGGAAGCACUCGUCACUCAGUUCCGCAGCGCCCAUUCCCGUCUGCUGGCGCCCGCCGCGCCGCCGCCGCUGCCUGUAGCCCUGCAGUUGGGCCUGCGCGCCGCUAAUACGCCUCAGUGCCACCAAGACUCCACCCGUGUAGCCUCCUGCCCGGCGUGCCAGCCGCCGCUCAACGCUCUAGCGCGCACGCUGCCACACGCUCACUGCACGCGCUCCCGCCUCGUGUGCCGCCUGUCGCGCGCGCCGCUCAAUGAACACAACCAGCCGCUGUUGCUGCCCAAUGGACAGGUCUAUGGGGAGAAGGCCCUGAAGGAGAUGAUGAAGGAGCACGGCGCCAUCAUCUGCCCGAAGACCAAGGAGGUGUUCUGCAUGAAGCGCGUCGAGAAAGUUUACAUCAUGUAAUUCAUACCUUUAUUUAUCUCUAUGACGAUUUUAACCGACUGGUUUUGUUAUGGCCGACAAAUAAUAGGAAUGAAUGUGCUCAUACUGAUUUAUCGAGAAACGCUCUCAGAUUUGUUAAUUAAGAGAUACGUAGGUAUACGUUAUAUUAGCAACUUUCUGAUUAAAAUGUCACUAUGGAU